AUGAGAUCUCUUUUUACAUAAAUAAUACCAUUCCUUUAUUAGGUAUAUUUAAUUUUAUUUUGGGUUGGAGUUUUGGUUAAUUUUAUUUAGAAACUUAUCCGUAUUUUUAUAAAAGUAUGUAAUUAAAUAAAAUAUUAGCUACGUGAAUUUUCUACUUUUAUUCUCGCUCCAGUAGCUUUAUUUAGAAAUUAUCCGGUUUCUCAUGAUUUCUCACGAUUUUCUUAUUAGUGACCUCACGAUUUUUCCUUCUAACCAUCUGGCAUCACUGUUUAAUUUAGGUUUACGAUGGCGAAUUAUAGUUUGUUGAGUUUUUAGUGGUUAUUUAUCAAUGAAUUUAAAAAAUGGACAUUGAGGAACAAAGGAUUGAAAAUAAUAACAAAAUUCUGAACGUAGAAGAUCUCAACAUAGAAAUAUUGCCUAUAAUUUACGAUAUUAUUAAAGGUGUCGAUAAAGAUAAUCAUCACGACAAUUCCGCAAAGACUAGGGAUUCGCAAGAUUGUUCACAAAAAGUAUUGGAGUUGCAAAAACGAUUAGAUCAAGCACGUGCUGAGAUACGUAUGCUGCCUGGUAUAGACUACAGUAAAGAACAACAACUAAAUCAUCUGGAAGCUCUGAAAACACAAUUACGACUCAAACAAGAAUUACUUCAGAAGUACCGUUUUAUGUAUCCAUUUGAUCUACAAAAGUCCUAAAAAUGAUAUUUCGGUUUCUAAUGAGGCUAAUAGCUAAUAAUGAACAGUUGGUCAAUAGACUUAGUGAAUCUUACCCGAUGCGAAAAGCAGCACAAAUAGCCGUUAGAAUAAUGUUUUCAGGAAAAAACUUUAUAGAAGAACAAAGACUACAUGAAAAAUUAAAUCCCGAACAAUUUAGAAGUUUGAUGAGAGAUGUAGCAUCUAACUUUCAAAAUCAAAUUAAACAAGCCCAGGAUAAUAUAAGGAAGAAAAUGAAAUGAGUUGUUAUGUUGUUGUGAAUUAAAUUUUUUAGUACUA